AUGGGUCGCAGAAAGAUUGAGAUCAAAGCCAUCAAGGAUGACAGGAAUCGCUCUGUCACCUUCCUGAAGCGAAAGGGCGGUCUGUUCAAGAAGGCGCAUGAGCUCUCCGUGCUUUGCUCUGUCGAUGUUGCCGUCUUCAUCUUCGGCAGCAACAAGAAGCUCUACGAGUACUCCUCGUGUGAUAUGCGCGAGCUGAUCACAAGAUACACAUAUCAUGGUGGUCCGAGCGAGCACAAGGGCCCUGCCGACUUCAAUGGCGGAGGGGACGACGACGAUGAGGAUGAUGCCAGCCCCAAUUUCCCCCGCACAUGA